GACCACCUUCCUUCAAACACACUCUAAAAGCUAAAAAUAAACAUAGGCUUAUCUAAUAUUUGUGAGGAUGAUACUUCCCUUAUUCUUCAUUUUUUGUCUCUUCAGCAGCUCCCAUGCUGCUGUGCAAGACUUCUGUGUCGGUGACCUCACGGCUCCUCAAGGCCCUGCAGGCUACUCUUGCAAGAAUCCUUCAAAGGUCACAGUGAAUGAUUUUGUUUUCUCUGGCCUAGGCACUCCUGGUAACACCUCAAAUCUUAUUAAAGCCGCAGUGACACCAGCAUUCGCUGCGCAAUUUCCUGGUGUCAAUGGCCUUGGAAUUUCUUUUGCUCGUUUAGACUUGGCACCUGGCGGAGUUGUGCCAUUUCACACACAUCCUGGAGGUUCAGAAAUCUUACUUGUUGUGCAAGGAACAAUCCUUGCCGGGUUUGUUUCCUCAGCUAACACUGUAUACUUUAAAUCCCUUAAGAAGGGUGACAUUAUGGUUUUCCCUCAAGGAUUACUUCACUUCCAAGUAAAUGCAGGAGGGUCUGUGGCUAUUGCAUUUGUUAGCUUCAGUAGUUCGAGCCCAGGUCUCCAAAUUCUGGACUAUGCUUUGUUUGGGAACAAUUUACCUACUGAAUUGGUAGCAGCAACUACUUUCCUUGACACAGCUCAGAUUAAAAAGCUUAAAGGUGUUCUUGGUGGAACCGGUUAA